CGUCGCCACUGUCGAGAUGCUGCGCUGCGGCCUGGCCUGCGAGCGCUGCAGGUGGAUCCUGCCCAUGCUCCUGCUGAGCGCCAUCGCCUUCGACAUCAUCGCACUGUCUGGCCGCGGCUGGCUGCAGUCGAGCGACCACACCCAGACGUCCUCGCUGUGGUGGAAAUGCCCCACCGAGGGCGGCGGCUCGGGGUCCCCGGAGCAAGGCUGCAUAAGCCUCAUGCAAUACGCGUGGGGACGAGCUGCAGCCGCCAUGCUCUUCUGCGGCUUCAUCAUCCUGGUCAUCUGUUUCAUCCUCUCUUUCUUUGCCCUCUGUGGACCCCAGAUGCUCAUCUUCCUGAGAGUCAUUGGAGGCCUCCUUGCCCUGGCUGCUGUAUUCCAGAUCAUCUCUCUGGUAAUCUACCCAGUGAAGUACACCCAGGAAUUUGAUCUUCACCUUAACCCUGCUGUCACCUACAUCUAUAACUGGGCCUACGGCUUCGGCUGGGCAGCCACAAUCAUCCUCAUCGGCUGUGCCUUCUUCUUCUGCUGCCUCCCCAACUACGAAGACGACCUGCUGGGCAAUGCCAAGCCCAGGUACUUCUACACAUCCGCCUAA